AUGAAGAUUCUGGAAGGCAAAUAUUCGGAUGACUACCCAUCGUCUAAUCCUCAAAAAUUCUUGGAUGACCCCGACAAUAAACCUACUUCUCAUCCAGACUGGUACAAGUACUACUCUGAAGGUUUCGGCGGCGUUCGUCCUCUGCAGCUCCUUCUGGAAAUCAAGUCUGACGAUGCAGAACUUUCCGUCUUGAAAUUGGCGAAACAGUUAGAGCCGCUUCGUGAGCGCGGCUGGCUCACUAAGUACAAGGACGGGAAGAUCCACUAUGGUCCAGUGAUUGUAGUCGGCACAGGCGGCACGCCAUUCGACCAAAUUGCUACUAGCUCUAAUCGUGACCUUUUCCUCGAUUGUCCGGCAAACGGUAUUGAUGGAACACACUACAUUUGGGGUCACACAUACACGUACAACUCGACGCUUUGCCCACUGGCGUCGUCAGGCUAUUCUGACGUCAAGCAUGCUAAUCAUGGCAUUCUUCCUCCCCGUAAGUCAGCCAUCACCCAAUUCCACAAGGUCAUCGAGACUUCUCACCACCACGGUGCAACAACACGCUUUUAUGGCAUUCUCGAUCUACCGUCCAGGAUUGAAGACUUCAACAUGUUGAUUCAACAGGGCUCAGACUGGCUUAACAUUGACGACCUGAAUGACGCAAAGCGUUAUUCGCACUAA